AUGGAUCCAAUUUCGUUGACCGCGAGCAUCAUCGCCGUGACUCAGGGCGCCGACCGUAUUGCUCAACUUUGCCGUUACUACAUCGGAGCCGUUGACGACUACCCGAGGGAUCUCAGGACAAUCCUCAUCGAGACGUCAACCCUGAAGGCACUUUUUGAGAAUCUCGGGUUCUUGAUCGAGUCCGAUGGCGACUCGUCCCCCAUGCUCAAGAGUCUCGAUGGCGGAGAGGGCCCGAUCGCAGGAUGCCAGAGAACAAUCUCUGAGUUAGAGUUUCUGUUUCCAACAUCCUCGGCGAACACGACACAGAAGACUAAGCGGAAGCGCGUCAAGACGACGCUGGCCCAGCUGGCUUGGCCGUUUCGACAAGAAAAGGCCCGCACACUCCUCGGACAACUCGUGCAGCACAAAACAACAAUCAACACCGCCAUCUCCUCCGACGCAUUACGCGAUAUCAAAGAGAUAAGGCGUGACCUCAGGGCUGUGUGCCGCAUGUUGAGUGCCUCGGAAACGUCGGACGUCUGCACCUGGCUUGAGCACACCAACCCCUCAAAUAUCCACAACAAGGCGGUCGCCGACUACGAACAAGGGACAGGGGAUUGGAUUACCCGGACCCCGGAGUGGAGUAACUGGAUGAAGUCGACAGACAGGUGUCUCUGGGUUCAUGGCAUCCCGGGGGCAGGAAAGACGGUUCUGGCUUCUUUUGCGAUUCGACAAGUCAUCCGCGACCUGAAGGAGUCCGGCGACGCCAACUCGACCUGUGCUUACUAUUAUUGCCACCAUGCGCACAACCAGGAUGAAGCGGUACCAGCUCUGCGGUGGAUCGUCAGUCAGCUCUGCCGCGUUGCCCGAAGAGUUCCACAGCCCUUGUACGAAGCAUACCACCUGCGCCGACUGCCGAACAUCGAGGAGCUUCUUCAGCAUCUGGAGUCAAUUCUUGGCCAUUUUGCCAGAGUGUCCAUCGUCAUAGACGCUCUAGAUGAGAGUCAAUCGCGGGAGACGCUGCUACGCCUCAUCCGUGACAUCCUCGGCGACCCGCGAUUUGUCAAGAUUCGACUUCUCGCCACCAGCCGUCAAUACUCCGAUAUCGAACGUGAAAUGCUGAGCAUCGCAACGCCGCUAUCCAUGUCGAAUUCAUUCGUCGAGGAGGACAUAAGAAGAGUCAUUGCCGCCGGCCUCAAGUCUAACCCCAUCUUUCAGCAAUGGCCCGCGGCCUUCCGUACUGAAGUCGAGGCCGCGCUUUCGUCAGGAGCCAAGGGGAUGUUCCGCUGGGCUGUCUGUCAACUGGACAUUCUCCGUCGUCUGAAGCAUCAGAACAGAGUUCGAGAGGCAAUCAAGAAUCUGCCGGAGACCCUGGACGAGACGUACGAGAGGAUAUUCUCAUGCAUCGCCCCAGAGGAUGUCGAUCUUGUCCGACACUGCCUAUGGUGGACCAUGUUCCACAAUGCAGUAUGGGAUUUGGAGGUGCUACUCCCGACUCAGGUAUUGAUCGACACAUACUACCUGAUGACUGGAAAAGAGCUGGCAGACGAUGAACCGCUCGUUCCCAACCUUGAGAUUUUGAAAGAUAGCUGCGGCUGCUUGCUCUCCUUUCAAGCUACGGAUGAGAACGGUGACUUCAAAGUCAGUCUCGCCCACUACACGGUGCGAGAAUAUCUCGAGUCUAGCCGCUCAAGUACCGGGCAGUCUCGCUUGUUCACCAGAAGCGGCAAGGCGCCACACAUCGAAGCAGCUACGGCAUUGUUCAACCAAUUGCUCGAGGUUGAAGCCGAGGUGGACGUUGGAGCAAUGGAGACGUGUUUGGAGAAUUAUGACCACAGUGGCGUGAUAACCGCCAACACGUCGACUUAUCGACUCUUCACCGGUCUUAGGAUCGCAUGGCGGGGGGAGAUCGAAGUUCGACCGUCUCUCAUAUUCGACCUUCUGGACCCGCACAAACCGCAUUUCCGUCACCUCAUCAGUGUAGUGGGAAAGCUUUGGAUAGGAGGGAUCAUACCACGAAGUCAUCUUCUUCCGGAUUUCUCAUCAAUGGUGUUGACGCCAUCUGACAAUCCUCCAGAGGCGGCCCUAAUGGCUCAUUUGUUAUGGUUAAAUCGCCUUGAUUUGGCUCGUGAACUCCUGCGAGGACCCGAAUCAGCGCGGAUUUGGGAAGCACAACUGUUAGGAAGGGUUGAGAUCACCGUCUGGGAUGAAACAGACACGUAUAUCGGAGGGUUCAGGUAUUUCUCCGGGAACAUCGUGGAGCUCUUUGCUACCGUUGGUAGAAACACUGCUAGCUUCCUUAGAGACGAGGCACUGGAAGCCCUGAGGCUUCUCCUUGACCAUGGCCUGGACCGUUUCGACCCCACCAGCAUUCUGGUCCACUUUAUCGGAACACAUGGACACUGGGAAGACGAAGCCUGCUCUCGGGACUGUCCGUUGCAGAGACUGCUUAGCAUGGGGGCCGAUCCCAAUGCUCCAGGUUAUCCGUGUACGCCCCUCCAGAUCGCCGUUUUGGGUCGUGACCUAGAUGGUAUUCAGGCGCUGCUCCAGGCAGGCGCCGACCUUAAUGCCACUGGGAGCACCGAAGUAAAGGAUUGGGAGGAGGAUGGCGUGCUUGGCCUUUUCUGUGGCUUGCGAGGUGUCAAACCUAUUGACAUUUUAAGAGCUCGGAAAUUUUUGUCAAUGGAGAAUUUUGACAGGAAAGUUGAGGAUGACGAGGUAUUCAGUCUCCUAUCAAUAAGGGGCUGA